AGUGGAUCCCUGCACCACACAGCUCAUCAGUUUGGGUUCAGCUGAAGAAACGGACAUAAUGGCUCUGACAAAUCCUAUGCCCAUGGGCCCUUGGAAGGUCACCGUCUAUGAUCAGGAGUACUUUCAAGGCAGUCGCAUGGAGUUCACCGCUAGCUGCCAGAACAUUAUGGAGUAUGGGAUGGAAAAUAUCCGAUCCCUGAAGGUGGAGUGUGGCGUCUGGGUGGGCUACGAGCAUUCCAGCUUCUGUGGCCAACAGUUUGUCCUGGAGAAGGGUGAUUAUCCUCGCUUCGAGGCCUACAGUGGCAGCAACUCCUAUCGCAUUGAGAGGAUGCUUUCCCUCAGGCCAAUCUGCUGUGCUAACCACAAGGAGUCCCGCAUGACCAUCUUUGAGUUUGAGAACAUGAUGGGUCGCCAGUUUGAGCUGUGUGAUGACUACCCCUCCCUGCAGGGCAUGGGCUGGAUCAACAAUGAGGUUGGAUCUAUGCAGGUCCACUGUGGAGCCUUUGUGUGCUAUCAGUACCCUGGAUACCGUGGCUAUCAGUACAUCAUGGAGUGCGACUGCCACGGAGGAGAGUACAAAUGUUAUCGUGACUUUGGUUCCCACGCCCAGACUCCCCAGAUCCAGUCCAUCCGCAGGAUCCAGCACUGAAAGGGGAUUUCCUUCACACCUCAUUCUUCCUCCCUUUUCCCCUCUUUCCCUCCUCACAUUUCCAUCCCUUCUUUUCUUCUCACUGUCCCAUAACCGCCAACUCUCCCAGCCCAGCUCAUCCGACCGGUCGAAGCAGGACCUGGGACUGAACUUAAGGUGCUUACUGACAUCAGUGGUUCCCUGCACAUUUGCUGUUUUUGUUUUAAAGGACACAACAUGAAUAAAGGAAAGUUAUUAGAAAGACAGAAGUUUGGAAUGAGAGAUUUGAAAACAAUGUGGAAUCAAUCAAAAAGAACGGAUAUUCCAGCGCGGUGACGAAAAACUUUUCCAAGGUUAACGCUCUUUUCCUUCUCCUCCAAGGAUGGCCUCACUGUCAUCACCAUUGUCCUCUAAGCCUUAACUACCAGUCUUGGUGUUGAUGUAAUAUCAAUGACUGCUUUUGUUUAGGAUAAUGAAUAAAGGAAAUGA